GCAGGUGGGUACUUUUUACAUAUUGUGAUGGCUUCUUCAGCUACCUUUUCUACAAGUAGCUUUCAUGGUACUGUAUUUGGGUCUAGAGGUAGGAGUUGUCAUAAUGAAGUUAUGUUCAACUGCCUUAAUCUCUGCUUCAACCAAACUUGUAACAUGAAGUCUAUAUCUGCAUCUGCCGAUACGCAAAAUUCACUGUUAUCAUCUAUCAGGAAAUGGGACAAAAAGCAACUAGUUGCAAGGAACCUGAGAAAGAAUAGUAGUAUCCUCUGUAGAGCAGUAGGGAUUGAAAGAAAACCUUGGUUCAUAGAGGGAAAUAAAUUCCUACUCGAUGAUGUAAUUGAAGCUCAAUAAUUUGACAGAGAUACACUUAAUGCUAUAUUUGAAGUGGCACGUGAAAUGGAGAAUGUUGAGAAAGGAUCACCUGAAAGCCAGACGCUUAAGGGGUAUCUGAUGGCUACCCUUUUCUAUGAACCUUCCACUAGGACUAGGCUUUCAUUUGAGUCUGCCAUGAAGCGUCUCGGUGGGGAAGUUUUGACAACGGAAAAUGCGCGUGAGUUUUCAUCUGCAGCAAAAGGGGAAACACUUGAAGACACAAUAAGAACAGUUGAAGGUUACUCUGAUAUAAUUGUCAUGAGGCACUUUGAAAGUGGUGCUGCCAGAAGAGCAGCAGCCACAGCCAACAUUCCCAUUAUUAACGCAGGAGAUGGCCCUGGUCAACACCCAACUCAGGCCCUACUGGAUGUAUACACCAUUCAAAGGGAGAUAGGAAAACUUGACGGGAUAAAAGUUGCCCUUGUUGGUGAUCUUGCUUAUGGAAGGACAGUUAGGUCACUUGCUUAUCUACUUGCUAAAUACCAGGAUGUGAAGAUUUACUUUGUCUCCCCUGAUGUGGUAAAAAUGAAGGAUGACAUAAAGGACUAUCUGACUUCACAAGGAGUUGAUUGGGAGGAAAGUGCUGAUUUACUAGAGGUGGCUUCCAAAUGCGAUGUGCUUUAUCAAACCCGUAUCCAACGAGAAAGGUUUGGGGAGCGAAUUGAUUUACAUGAAGAAGCCCGAGGUAAGUACAUAGUGGACCUAGAGGUUACAAGGGCAAUGCAGAAACAUGCUGUUGUCAUGCAUCCUUUGCCAAGGCUAGACGAGAUAACUGUGGACGUGGAUGGAGAUCCAAGGGCUGCAUACUUCAGACAAGCCAAGAAUGGCCUCUACAUUAGAAUGGCUCUUUUAAAGCUUCUACUUGUUGGCUGGUGAGUGCACCCACCAACGCCCCAUGUUUUUCUCUACAAAAUUUUGGAAAUAAUGCCAUCCUUGAUUGAGGACAGGACCUAACCUAGUCCAGAUUUUGUUUCAAUAAACCAUCAAACCUUGACGCCUGUCUUUGGCUCAUUAUCCACACCGGUGUGAAUCAUGAAUCUUUGGACAAAAUCUAAAAUCACCUUUGCUGUGAAAA